UACUUAUGUUUAUUAUUAAAUUUCAAAAACAAAAUCUAUAAGAGAAUGUAAAAAGAAUAGGAAAAAAGAAGGGGGAAAAAAAGCACGGGAGGCAAAAGGCAGGAGACUUGUCUGUUUCCCGAAGCUGAGCCACUGCUUUAUUUCUUUUUUAUUUCCUCUGAAAUAUAAACCCUGCAAAACUUUUCCUCCGCCGCCGUCCUCCGCUCCACUCUGCUUGAAGUUUGAACCAGAGCAACUUCUCCGGAGGCUCGAGACUUGGCAAGAUCUGCUUCCUCGGCAGAUUCCGCCUCAUGGACUCCGUCGGAAUCCCCGAUCCCUCUCCGCCCUUCAAUCCGUUCAAUCUCAAGGACUGCUCUCAAGGAAUCUGCACCGCGUUCUGCCCGCAGUGGUGCCGGUACGUGUUCCCCCCGCCGCCGCCGUUUUUCGGCCUCGACGACAGCGACGAUUCCGGAACCUUCUUCUCGCCUCUUAUAGUGGCGGUGAUCGGGAUCUUGGCUAGCGCCUUUGUUCUAGUCACUUACUACGCGAUCGUCUCGAAAUAUUGCCGGCGGAGAGUCGACAGCGGCGGCGGCGGUGCGGGCGGUGGACCGGGAGAUUAUUUCGAGACGGAUCGAGCGAUGAACGAUGCGCGGCGGCCGUCCGGUGCGGGACCGGGAUUGGACGAGGCGCUGAUUAAGUCGAUCUCGGUUUUCAAGUUCAAGAAGAACGAAGGGUUGAUCGAAGGAAGCGAUUGCUCUGUUUGUUUGAGCGAAUUUCAGGAGAACGAGAGUUUGCGAUUGUUGCCUAAAUGUAGCCACGCUUUUCAUCUUGUUUGUAUUGAUACUUGGUUGAAAUCCAACUCCAGUUGCCCUCUCUGCCGCUGCAAUAUCGCCUCCACGAAUCCUAAUCCUCCGGAGACUCCGCCGCCGUCCGUGACGGCGCUAGGGUACCGCCACCGCAGCGACGCGGCCGUUGUGGUGGUUCAAGAUCCGUCCGAAAACGUAAGCCAGGAGGCCGUCGUAGUCGAAAUCAUCGGCCAUUCAAUUUCAAAUCCAUCGAAUCAAGAUCAAGGAGGUUCGAAUUCCAAUCCGCCGAGUUCAGAGCAAGGAGACGGCGGAACAGAGAGAAGAGAAGAAACCGUCCGGUCGAUUAGGUCAGUUUCAGAGGAUCAACAGUCUUCUGAUUCUCCAUGUCUAGGCCGAAAUCUCUCUGUUGCAGACAUAUUGAGCAUCAGCCAUGACGAAGACGAAGAGGUCGAAGCUGUGGAUUCAUCCAUGGCGGCUGGAAUUGGUCCAUCGAACGACGACGGGAAAGAAACCGGAAAAUCCAGAAUCAGAAACGGCGUUUUGAAUUCCGCCAUGAGAAUGUCGAUUCCGUCUGGAAUUUUUUCGUUUGCAAAGCAUGCGAAAGGGAAGAGCUCGAAUUUACCGAAUUGACGUCCGAAAUUUUCAGAAUCAAAGCUUGAAGAAAAAUCAUCUGAAAGCCUUAUUGAAUCUGUUCAGAUCAGACUGCAAAAACUGCAACAAAAUUUCCACAGUCAAGAUUGUCGGUUUGGACGGUUCUGAUUUUUGGCCUUUCUGGUAAUUUCCAAACUUAUAGUUAUUGAUAAAUCAGGUCCCAAACUUAGAGCCUAUUUGUAAUUAAGGCCCUUUUGAUCAAUUCUAUAAAUUUUAAAAUUGAUCAAUUAUAUAUAUAUCAUUUUUGGUAUAACAACUAUUUUGAUCACUUCUCUACUUGUCAGGUGAUCUCUGUACCAUCAAAAUGUUUAUUUUAUCCAUAUAUUUGUAGUUUUUGU